CUGGAUUUUAAUGUUGCCCUGCCUAUGGUUGAGGCACUGAUCUAGCACAAAGUAGGUUCCAGCUUGGCUUAAUUUGUCAAAAAUAUCGUGGUGGUUAUGGUUUCAUGCUUAUGCUUACUUUUUUACCAUCCUUUUUUCCAGUUUGUCGUCAAAUCCUUUGUUAGAGCUGACGUUUCAUACAUUGUCCGCCACAACAACGAUGUUACCAGCAUUGUGUCAUGCAGUUGUGCCGAUUAUUGUCUUCACCUGAUCCCUUGCAAGCACAUGUACCUGGUUCAGAGGUUCUAUAAAAGUGUGAGGGUAUCCUAUUCCGGUGAGCCUGCGAUUGAAUCUGCCAUUGAACUUGCCGUCGCUCAGGAGCAACAUGCCCAGAAUAUGGAUUUUUUCGGACCAGAUUUAGAGGCAGGAUUAGCGCCAUUACUCCGUUUGCAACUCGACCGGAAAAGGGCAGCAGAGCAGGAAUUCGAAAGAGUUGCCAGAGAAGUGGCGACCAGACAAGAGUUUGAGGAUAAUGAGGGUUUAUUAAUGGAGUUGAUGAAGCAAAUGGGCGCCGCAGUGGAGAUUGACCAAAAACGUUACCGAGGCGAAACAAAUGCAUGUGUUACCAUAUUGUGCUUGACGAAUAUGCUCGGUAUCCUCAAGUUCGUGCUUGGUGUAUUUUUUGCGAUUCUUGGCAGGAAGGUGUUGAGGAGUUGGUUUUUGUUUUUUGCUUGUCGCCGCUGCAUGGGUCGAGAGCGACUCGUACUGUCGUUUUAGGGGAGAGGUUGUAGUCAUGGUGUUGAGCUCGUUCAGAGAGGUUCAAUUCAAU